AUGAAGCGCUCUCGCCAGGAUAAUCGCCACCUCGGCCCCGCGGCGGCGGCCAUGCGCCGCCGCGACGUGUACCGAGACGGUCGUCAAGCGGAGGAGCAGGUGAACAUUCAGAAGCUUUUCCGGGACGCUGUGGCGAUGCAAAAGUUCCACUCCCCGAACCAGUCUGGCGCCGGGGCCCGGGUGAUGAUUCACAGCCGAGAGGAACUUGCCUUGUAUCGCCAGAAGCGGCGCGCUGAGCUGGAGGAGAGUGUGCGGCGCGGGUUUAAGGCGAUCGGCAACUGGAUCCGCUACGCACGUUGGGAGGCGCAGCAGCGUGACUUUGACCGCAUGCGGGCCGUCAUGGAGCGCGCGGUUCCCGUGCACGGCGAGAAUGCAAACCUUUGGCGGGACUACGCGGAGCUGGAGGAGUCCAACGGGUUCACAGAACAUGCUCGCCAAGUGUGGAGCCGCGGCGUGACGGCGCUGCCGUCGAGUGUGGACUUGUGGGUAAAGUACCUCGCCAUGGAGCAGGCAGCGGGCCAGGACCAGCGGGUGCGAGACGUCUUUCAUCGAUGGCUUGCCGGGGACGCGGUGCCGCCGUGCGCAUACGCGCUUGCCGCCCUCUACGAGGCGCAGCAGCGGCGCCAGGCAGGGUGCCGCGACAUCCUUCGCCGCUGCGUCGAGCGCUUCAACACACCGGCGAGCUGGCUGCUCUACGGAGCCACAGAACAGCAGGUUUUCUGCGAUCACGAGCGGGCCGUCAGGGUACUUGAAACAGCCAUGCAGGCACUUCCCGACGAGGAUCUUUGGGGGCUGGAGGAGUGUCGCGUGCCGCUUGCGUUGGCGGAGGCGCACAUCGCCGCCGGCAACGUCGUUCAGGCGCGCAAUACCUUCCACAACGCACUCGAGCACGUGGGUGACCACGCACGGUUAUUGGAGAAGGUGCUGGCGUCCUACAGUCGAUUUGAACGCCUGUACGGGGACGGUGCGCACGCUGGGCAGGUAGGGCGACUGCGCACCAUUCAGUUGUACGAGGAGCGCCUCCGCAAGAAUACGAGUGACUUUGACGCCUAUCUCAUGGUGUACUCGCUCUACCGCGACCAAGAGCGUGAGAGUCGACUGCGCACAAGCACCAAAAUGCCGGAAGCGGUGGUGGGCGGAAACGCUGCACCGGCGUCGACAGCCCUUGUCACCUCUCCAGCCGCUCCCGCCUCUCCGUCGCGGCAGGUGCUUGAGCGCGCGCUCCAGAUUCCUGCCCACGAUCCUUAUAGCGCCCAGCAACGUGCUGUGCUGGUCAUGGAGUAUGCACGCGCCUGUGAGACGGACGGCGAGGUGGAUGCGGCACGGCGCACUCUCGCGCAGGAAAUCAAGAACUUUCCCUUUGACGCGGCCCUAUGCCCGCGGCUGUGGGUGGAGGCGGCGGCGAUGGAGGAGCGCCAGGGCGCCAUCACACAGGCGCGCCGGCUUCUCCGCGCCGGGUCGUUGGUUACGAAGGAUGUGCGUCUCUUUGAAGAGACAAUCCAGUUUGAGGAGCGACAGCGGGACGCUGCAAUCGAGGCAAUGCACGCCGCAGCACACGAGACCACGCCGCCGUCGGCGCGGGAGGUGGAGGAAGCAUGCGCGCCGUACGUGGGGGAGUUACGCACAGAUUACCAGAACGCCAUCCAGGCCUUCCCGUUCGACGUGCAGUGGUGGCUCCGAUACGCGAAGCUGGAGGAGCAGCACCAGGAGAUCCUCCGUGCCGACGCGCUGUAUGGCGCCUGCAUCUGUACCUUCAAUGAGGAAGCUGAACGGGUUCGGUCCUUUGCGCAGCGCUACGACCUUCUCGGUCAUGUGGACACCGCCUGGGCACACCGCAUUCAUCUCCACGCGCGGCGCGCGCGUGCUCUGCAGCGACAGGCGUCGCGGCGCAAGGGGAAUGCCGCAGGCGCAGAGACGGCUCGGGCCGAGCUGGCGACGCUGCAGGAGGAGCUGCUGCACUUGUACGCGACUCUACUGCAGGACGUCUGGAACGCUUACCGGCACGAGGCGGUGGCGUGGUUUUCGCGGUACUUUGAGGCAGGUGAAGGCAGCGGUUCUGGUGUCCUCGCUGGUGCCGCGCCAAAGACGUUGCCCUCAUCCCUCACUCCUGCUACGGCGCGCUGGUCGGAGGCCGUGGAGGCGGUGGGGGGGUAUAUGGAGCGAAUGAGUGCUAUCAAGGCUGGCCAGGGUGCACAAGAGGGUGCCACAGCGGCUCUUCGUGCGAUCCUCAAGUCAAUGGUUGAAGCGGAGCGUCACACGAUUCGUCGGUCCCUUGGUUGGACAGAGCAGACAACGCAGUUUGACGCCGUGCAGAGGGCACGCGAAUGGGGUGAGCUGCUGCUGUCGCCGCUACUCGAGGAGUGGAGCAAGUUUGAGCUCACCCAUGGCGGGUCACUGGAGGCUGUUGCGGCAGCUAUGGAGAAACCGGUGAAGCGCCGCACACGCCUCUUCAAGGCACGGCCGUAG